GCCCACACUGGCGGCCAUUUUGGCGGCGCCUCCUCUCUGUGGCCUGCUCAGUUACCACGUGAACCGGCCUCCGCCUGAGGCUUGCUGCGGAGCAGGGGUAACCGGGCACAGGCAUCCCGGCUACAAGGGUAGCCGCACAGAGUUAGAAGGGGGGUUGCCGUAGCAAACGACGGCAGUGCUGGUGGUUAGCGACGCCCUGGCGUGGAGUCCCUUCUGAGAGGCGGCGAUAGGGGUGGUGAUCAAGGGAGCGGGUUCACCGGCUCGGUCGUAGCAAGAAGGGCGGAGGUGGCGGCGACAGCAAUAGCAGAGACAAUGCCGUCAGUGAGCCUCCCGCCGAAGGAAAACGCGCUCUUCAAGCGCAUCCUGAGGUGCUAUGAACACAAACAGUACAGGAAUGGUCUGAAAUUUUGCAAACAAAUACUUUCUAACCCAAAGUUUGCAGAACAUGGGGAAACCUUGGCUAUGAAAGGACUGACAUUAAACUGCUUAGGUAAAAAAGAGGAGGCAUAUGAACUGGUUAGAAGGGGGCUAAGAAAUGAUUUGAAGAGUCAUGUCUGCUGGCAUGUCUAUGGUCUUCUUCAGAGAUCAGACAAGAAAUAUGAUGAAGCCAUCAAAUGUUACAGAAAUGCACUGAAAUGGGAUAAGGACAAUCUCCAAAUCUUGAGGGACCUUUCACUGCUACAAAUUCAAAUGAGGGAUCUAGAAGGUUACAGGGAAACUAGGUAUCAGCUACUUCAGCUUAGACCUGCACAGAGAGCAUCAUGGAUUGGCUAUGCUAUAGCUUAUCAUCUGCUGGAAGACUAUGAAAUGGCAGCAAAGAUUUUGGAGGAAUUUAGGAAGACCCAGCAGACUUCUCCUGAUAAAGUAGACUAUGAGUAUAGUGAGUUGCUAUUGUAUCAAAAUCAAGUUCUCCGAGAAGCAGGACUUUAUAAAGAAGCUUUGGAUCAUCUUGGAACCUAUGAAAAGCAAAUCUGUGACAAGUUAGCCGUUGAGGAACUAAAGGGAGAACUUCUGUUACAACUCUGCAGGCUGGAAGAGGCAGCUGAGAUUUAUAGAGGAUCAGAAAGAAAUCCUGAAAAUUGGGCUUAUUAUAAAGGUUUAGAAAAAGCACUUAAACCAGCUAAUAUGUUAGAGAGGUUCAAAAUCUAUGAGGAAGCCUGGACUAAAUACCCAAGGGGACUGGUUCCAAGACGACUGCCAUUAAACUUUUUAUCAGGUGACAAGUUCAAGGAAUGUUUGGACAAAUUUCUGAGGAUGAAUUUCAGCAAAGGCUGCCCGCCAGUUUUCAAUACAUUACGGUCACUAUAUAAGGAUAAAGAAAAGGUGGCAAUCAUAGAGGAACUGGUGGUGGGUUAUGAAACUUCUCUGAAAGGUUUCAGGUUGUUUAACCCAAAUGAUGAUGGUAAAGAAGAACCUCCAACUACUUUACUCUGGGUCCAGUACUACUUGGCACAGCAUUAUGACAAAAUUGGGCAGCCAUCCAUAGCUCUAGACUAUAUAAAUGCUGCAAUAGAAAGCACACCUACCUUGAUAGAACUGUUCCUUGUGAAAGCUAAAAUCUAUAAGCAUGCUGGAAACAUAAAAGAAGCUGCAAGGUGGAUGGAUGAGGCUCAGGCCCUGGACACAGCAGAUAGAUUUAUCAACUCCAAAUGUGCAAAGUACAUGUUGAAAGCCAGCUUGAUAAAAGAAGCUGAAGAAAUGUGUUCUAAAUUUACAAGGGAAGGAACAUCAGCUGUGGAAAACCUGAAUGAAAUGCAGUGUAUGUGGUUCCAAACAGAAUAUGCCCAAGCUUAUAAAACAAUGAAUAAAUUUGGAGAAGCACUUAAAAAAUGUCAUGAAAUUGAGAGACAUUUUGUAGAAAUCACAGAUGACCAGUUUGACUUCCACACAUACUGUAUGAGGAAAAUUACACUUCGGUCAUAUGUAGACUUGUUAAAACUAGAAGAUGUACUUCGACAGCACCCAUUUUAUUUUAAAGCUGCAAGAAUUGCCAUAGAAAUAUACUUGAAGCUCCAUGAUAACCCUCUGACGGAUGAAAAUAAAGAACAUGAAACUGAUACAGCAAAUAUGUCUGAUAAAGAGUUAAAGAAGCUACGCAAUAAACAGAGGAGAGCUCAGAAAAAAGCUCAACUGGAAGAAGAAAAAAAGAAUGCUGAAAAAGAGAAGCAGCAACGAAAUCAAAAGAAAAAAGAUGAUGAUGAAGAAGAAAUUGGAGGGCCAAAGGAAGAGCUUAUUCCUGAGAAAUUGGCAAAGGUUGAAGCACCUUUGGAAGAAGCUAUUAAGUUUUUAACUCCAUUGAAGAAUUUGGUGAAGAACAAAAUAGAAACCCAUCUUUUUGCCUUUGAAAUUUACUUCAGGAAAGAAAAAUUUCUUCUUAUGCUACAAUCUGUGAAGAGAGCAUUUGCUAUUGAUCCUAAUCAUCCAUGGCUUCAUGAGUGUAUGAUACAUCUCUUCAGCAGUGUUUCUGAAAGUAAAGAUCUACAAGAAACGGUCAGGACAGUGUUGAAUCAAGAAAUGAAUCGACUUUUUGGGGCAACUAAUCCAAAGAACUUCAAUGAAACUUUCCUUAAACAGCACUAUAAUUCUUUACCACAUAGAUUGUCUGCUGCCAAAAUGGUAUACUACUUGGAUUCUACAAGCCAGAAAAGAUCUGUGGAACUGGCAACUUCACUUGAUGAAUCUCUAGCAAACAGAAAUCUUCAGACAUGCAUGGAGGUAUUGGAAGCAUUGAAUGAUGGUAGCCUUGGAGUGAAAGAGGCAGCUGAAAUGUACAGAGCAAAUUGUCAUAAGCUUUUCCCAUAUGCUUUGGCUUUUACCCCUGGAUAUGAAGAAGAUAUGAAGAUCACAGUUAAUGGAGACAUAUCUGCAGAAACUGAAGAAUUGGCCAAUGAAAUAUGAACUUUAAAAGGAGUGAAAUGAUUUUGGACUGUAUCUGGUGUAUAAUAUUUUUGUCACGCACCUGCUGAAUUGUUCUAACUUACAAAGAAUGGAAGGAGAAAAAAAGUUGCCUUCAAAGUUUUACUUUUUUUAUCCUGCUGACGAAGUAUAUAAUAAAGUAACGUAUCGCUGGAAAUAGAUGGCUCAAUUAAAGAAAAUUAAAGAAAAGCUAAGCACUGCUAAAAUUGAAAAGUAUCCCUUAUCUACAUACCCGUUUUUUAAACUAAUUUAUAUGGAAUCUGAAGGCUUAACACCCCAUUGGAGCAGGUGUGUGGCAGAAAUAUUACUUUAAAUUUGUCUUGUUGAGAGAAGUAUCUCAGACAGCAAAAAAUGCUGUUUUAGCACUGGAUCCUUUUC